UUUUAAAAAUUUUUAAAAGGGUUUUCUUUUCUUUACGAAUCAGUUUUCCAUUGUUCAGAUUAUAUUUUGCAUGAAUAUCCGAGCGAUUUAAUUUGCUUUUUAUUGGCAGUACAGCAGACAUCUUCGAAUCUCGAAGUGAAAUUUAUUGUUUGCUGCGUCCUGUGUCGAGUCGACUUGAACAAGAAAUUACCAUGUCGACCAAUGUGCUGUGGGUUGGAGAUCUCGAUCCUUUAAUGGAUGAUUUAUUUCUGCGCCGAGCUCUAGCGCAGUUUGCGGAUCAUGUCCUCAGUAUCAAAAUUAUCAAGAACAAACAAACUGGAGCUUCCCAAGGAUAUGGCUUUAUAGAAUUCAGAGACGACGGAAGUGCUCUAAAGACGUUGCAUUCCUUAAACGGCAAACCCAUGCCCGGGACAGCACCUCCGAAACGAUGGAAGUUGAACAUGGCUCAUCAAGGCAGAGAUAAUCCUCUGCUACCAGACUUCGCCAUUUUCAUUGGAGAUCUGGAAUACAGCGUAGACGAUCUGCAGUUAUUUAAUUUUUUCAGUGCUAGAUUUUCAUCAGUGAAGUCAGCCAGAGUGGUUGUGGAUGAGCAUGGCGACAGUCGUGGUUAUGGCUUCGUUAGGUUCGCUGAUGAGAACGAUCAGCAGCGAGCGCUGACCGAAAUGCAGGGUGUCAUCAUCGGCACCAAGCCCAUCCGCGUCAGUAUUGCCGCGCCGAAAAAUGUGAAGCAAAGUUUUUGCAACCAGUCGAUGAGUUGGAAUGGAGUUGGGGUGAAUAGGUGUGCUCCCCCUGGUUUGGUUUCUGAUUGGGUUCGUAAAAUGGGCCAGACUCCGGAGCAGCAACAACAAAUGACCUCGGAGCAGUUGACUAAUUACUACGCGUCCUAUCUCCAGUAUCAUUCCUACUAUCAACAGUGGCAGCAGCAGAUGAACGUCAACUAUGAACAGUAUUACAAACAGUACUAUCCUGGUUACUAUGGAGCGCAGAUGCCGGCCAUGCCCGGAGUACCACCAGCAGCAGUUGCUGGAUUUUCCUCUGUCACAGAUGCCAGCAUGCGGCCAGCGGCGCCCACGCAACACGCACCUGUCCCUGCUGAAGAUGCUCUUAUACCGCACGAUCAGAAAAAGAUUGACACAUCGAUGAAUAGCGCAAGGAGGUUUAUUGAGAAAAGCAAGGAGUUUGAUCGCACUUACGAUGAAGUAUGGUGGAAAUAUCCGGCAGCCACAUCGUUGUAUGACUGAGGAGGAUAACAAGUUUUGCUGCUCCUGAUUAACAUUGCAGCCGUACGUAUUCUGGCACGACUUCGUACAGAGCAAAGAAAAAUGAAAAACCAGUUUCUGAGAGGAACUGAAUGAACCGGAAGCCAUUGAUACAGAAACCACAGAAAUAAUUAUCCAGAAAGAACAGUAAACACUGUUUACUAAACACGUUGCAAAUCAGCGUUACUCGUCAUCAUCUCGUCAAAAAUCUGUCACUUUUACGUGCGAAUGUCGCAAAAUUUAUCGUACACGUAACCGGCAGUAAGAUAUCCUACUGCAGCUCCACAUGCAAUUCCCGCACCUCCAGCAUGGAUGACUCCCAGUGGUCCCGGGACCAUUUCGCGUGCGGCCAUCUUCGCGGUAAUUAUUCCUGCUAAAUGCUAAUCCACCACCGAAUCCUCCGAAGAGUAUUCCAUCUGCCUGCGCUUUGAUCUCGGAUUGUUCGGAAAACUUGGCAUUCACGACACCCAUAACGAUGCCACCCACGUACCCUACAGCUGCACCGGCGACACCUCCGAGUCGGACCACAGCUGGAUUCGCCAGCAUUUUCAUGGUUAAUAUUUUCUGCUGAAGAUCCAAUACUGAAAAAAACGGUGUACAAGAACAGACGGUUGUCUUUAAUCAGUUUAACGAAUCUGCAUUCUGCAUCGAUCGCAGCGAGAUGAUGCAAUAAUUAAGGUGAUGUCGAUGGCAAAUUUUUGUCUGUACUCUGUAUACAAAAGGUGUACUUAGAUCUAGGAGUGUAGAGUAACACUUUUCCAAUUCCUCAAACCAGGCAUUUCCAUUCCAGUAAUAUUAUGGGAGCUCGCUUAAUUGUUAAAUUGUUCCCUCACGCGCGAACUGGGACCGUUUUUUCCAUUUAACC